AAGUCCAUUUCUUGCUGGGUUUAGGAAUGCGCAAGUGAUAAAAAAGUAAACAUGGCGCUUGCUGAGCUUUGCGGUAUUAAUUCCAUUGUCGAUUUUAAGAGAUUAAACGAAAAUGCUCCGUUUUCUUCUGAAAUUGAAGCGUACAGUCGAAAUUUCUCAAAUAAUCUCCAACUCGCCGUACCCCCAUUCACAAAUCCUGCAGAAAAUUUGGCUGCUUUAGCUCAAGGAAGUGAUGAAACUGGAAAACACAUUAAAAUCAAUUUUGAUCAUGGAACUACGACUUUGGGUUUUCGAUAUCAAGGUGGAGUAGUCCUGGCAGUAGAUUCCCGUGCAACUGGUGGCCAGUUCAUUGGUUCCCAGUCUAUGAAAAAAAUUGUUGAAAUUAAUGACUACCUCUUGGGUACCCUGGCUGGUGGUGCAGCUGAUUGUGUAUAUUGGGAUCGUGUUCUGGCAAAGCAAUGUCGCAUGUAUGAGUUGAGGAAUAGAGAACGUAUUUCUAUAGCUGCAGCAAGCAAGCUUUUAUCCAAUAUGGUCUACAAUUAUAAAGGAAUGGGAUUGUCCAUGGGUAUGAUGCUUGCUGGAUGGGAUAAACGCGGACCGGGAUUAUACUAUAUUGAUUCAGAAGGUACUCGUACUUCAGGCAAAGUAUUCAGCGUCGGUUCUGGUUCUGUGUUCGCCUACGGUGUCCUAGACUCUGGCUAUAGCUGGGACUUAGCUGACGAAGAAGCAUAUGAACUUGGCAGACGUUCUAUCUACCAUGCUACUCAUAGAGAUGCGUAUUCCGGCGGUAUUGUCAGAGUGUAUCACAUGAAGUCAACCGGAUGGGUUCACAUCUCUGAUGAAGACUGUAAGGAUCUCCAUUACAUGUAUCAGGAACAGAAAGAGAAGGAAAAGGUCAAGAAGUAAUAAAACUACUGGAAAAAUAAUGUAUUUCAUUUAAAAAUGUUCUUUGUCUAAUAAAAUUGAUUCUUAACUAAGUACAACAUA